AUGAGUGAUAGUGAAAAUAUAAGCAAUUUAAAAGAUGAAUUUAUUAGUUACUUAGAAAAACAUGACGUAAUAAAUCAUAUAAGCAGAGCUCUCUUAAAAUUAUUUGAAGAAGAAGAAAAACCUGAUGACGCUAUUAAAUAUAUAUGUGAAAAUUUAUUCAAUACAACUGACGUGUCUUUAGAAGAUUUAAAGAGAGAAAAUUUAUUUCUUCGCCAAGAAAAUCAAAAAUUAACGAAAAAAUUUGAAGAAUUAAAUGAUACAUUAAAAAAACUAAUUAGCAGUCAAAAUGAUAUGAAAUGA